AUGGAAUGCACAUUCUUACUCGGAAAGACCCCUGCUUCCAAACGUAAGAAGCAACCGCACCCUGGAGUCGAAAUUCUAGAAGCACGCCUGGAAAAUAUUGAGUCUACUUAUUCUGAACGAAUCAGUCAUAUGGAAUCGAUAUUGAGUAAAGUCAUACCCACGGGUCAGGAGAAUGAAGAAGGAUCAUCAUCACCCACCUCUGAUGCUGCUGCUGCUAAUACCACUCAUGAUACCACUACUACUACCACCGCUACUACUACGACUCCAACUACUACUCCAACUACUCCAACUACAGCUACUACCACUACUAAUAAGCGAAAGCAAUCAAAUCGUGUUAUGAAAGGAGCAGGAAUUAACACCAACGUACCCAUAGAUAUACCUCCAGCAAGCGAUGAUGGUUGGAUGGAUGUCAACUCCCCCUUGGAUAAAGUGUCUCUUUUCGAUGCUCAAUGGGAUCGUAAUUUCGGCACCCCAGCUAUGAACGUUGAUCCGGCCUCAACGCCGACGUUAUCAUUACGCAAAGCAGGAGCAACAGGAAUAGAAACACCAUUACUGCCAUUUUUGAAGGAAGAGCCUGAUCCCCUUCCACUCUUCACACCAGAUCAUCAAUCGUCCCAGUCCAUAAAGUCGCCAACAUCGUCGAUUACACCAUCACAUUCAUCCACUUUAGAUCAGACGCAAGGAGAGAGCGAUGGAGAUGAUGGAGAGGAGAUGAGUGAGCUUGCAGCGACGAUGGACAAAUUGAGAGUAUUUGAUGCAUCCGUCUAUUUCGGAAAAGGAUCUAUGCUAUUUACUUCAACAGAUCAGAAUCAAUUCUGGGAUGAAGAGAUUUCAUUUGAUGUACAUGAAGCACAUAAUAUCGACAUCCCACCCGAAGCGCUGAUCUUGCCACCGAUCGAAGUGAUUGAUGUUUUAUUUGACAUUUAUUAUCAGCACUACUAUGUAUAUUUACCAAUGAUUCAAAAAGCAACCCUUUUACAAGCACUGGAGGAUCGGUUUGAACCACAGAAUAUUUUUUUACUCAACGCAGUGUUCAUGGCAACAUCAUUAACAGGAGAUUGCAAUCACCCAUCUUGUUUCAGUACACCCAAUGAUCCAAAGACACUCGGCACACCGUUCUUUGAGCGGGCAAGGAUGGUUCUGGAUUAUUGCAUUGGUAUUCCUCGACUCACCACUGUUCAGGGAUUGAUCAUGUUAUCACGCUACCCACGUAUUUCGGGAUUAGGACAUAGCUAUAUGCAACAAGCGAUUCAUAUGGCCUCUGAUCUGGGUCUUCACAGAAAAUGCGAUCGAUGGAUCUCGGACAAGCAGGUCCAAGAGGCUCGUAAGCGACUCUUUUGGUGUGUUUACGGUGCAGAUAGCUCCACCUCCAGUGUAACAGGACGACGACCUAUUAUUGAUGAUACAGAGAUUGAUGUGCCAAUGAUCGCUCCUGUGGACGGGGACAGUGAAGCAGAGACGAACCAGACACUGUUUUUGUUUCAAAUCUGUCGACUGUGGAGGAUAUUCAGGACCAUCAAGCGAUAUGUCUUCAAUGCGGCAGAAGUCCAGGAUAUGGUCCCGGGCAGUCUUCCCAAAAACUGUGAGCAGCAACUCAUUCAGUGGCAACUUAACCUCCCAGCAGAACUUCAGUUCAAUUUUAAUAUGAAGGCAGGUGAUCCAAGAGCCUUGUACAACUCUCGAGCAGGUAUCGCACAAAUGUUGUAUGAAUCAGCAUUGAUCCUGCUUCACAAGCCCUAUCUCUCAUCUUCUGAACAUCUCAAGCGAUCUCCUUAUCGAUCACAAGACAUUUGCAUUAAAUCCGCCACCAAAAUCACAGAAAUUGCAAGAGUAUUAGCUCUGACGUAUCAAAAAUCCUUUGAAUUAACCAGUGUGGGCGAAUAUGCCAUGUUGAACGCCAUUCGAAUCCAUGUCAUGUUCCUCAAGUCAGCCGAUGCUAAGAUUGCAGAGACCGCGAAGAGCAACUUCGAUUAUAUUAUGCGGUUCUUCCGGGAGUUUUACUCCUCUCCACGAGCCAACAGUGAUGAACAGAAUAUUAAUUGCGUACUCUCGUUCUUUGAAGAGUUUAUGCAUACAGUCAAGGGACUCAGUCAAUCGAGUGUUCAUGUCUGUGCAGGGGCGAUCAAGAGCCUGGCGAUUGCAAAACGUAACAGGAUACCCACCACUAGACGAGGACAUGGAGUUGGAGGAGCUGGAGCUGGGACUGGAUCUGGAUCUGGAUCUGGAGCAGGAGCAGGAGUAGGAGCAGGAGCCACGACUUUGAGCGGACAGCAACUUAGUCAAGGAUUACUUGAUGGAAAUGACCGCCGUAAUAUCAGUCGGUUGGUCAGAAUUGGACGUGAGGAACGCGCGAAGGCUAGGAGUAACUCUGUAGUCUCACCUUCGAUGGGAGCAUCUGGUCUGAACAGAAAGCGACACAGCCACAUGCAACACGAAGCUCAGCAGCGUGUGAAUAUGAAUCAAUAUUUCCAUCAACAACAACAACUGCAAGCACAGCAGCAGCAACAGCGCCAAGCCCCUGUGACCUCUUCAGCAUCUCCCCUUGUAGCAGGAAGCGAUGAUAGUGGAGGAAGUUAUUAUAACCCUGGAAAGAUUCAAAAGGUCUCACAGUUCGUUGGGCCAUUUGGAGGUCCACAGGUCAUGGAGAGCUUGAAACAGUUUCAGACAACGACCGCGAUUUUGAGUCAGCCUCCUGCCACCUCUGGAACAAUAUUUCAGCCUCAUCAACUUCUCCAACAAUAUCAACAACAACAGCAACAACAGCAGCAAUCGGCACAAAAUCAGCAGUUGCAAAAUACAAAUACAAACUUAAUCAAUAAUGUCCUCUCACCCACCAGCAGCAUCUUCCCAACAUUCGCACAACAACAACCUAUGACGCUGACUAUCCAACAGCAGCAACAGGCUCAACAGAUUUUACAACAACAGUUGUUGCUACAGCAACAUCAGCAGCAGCAACAACAACAACAACAACAACAACAGCAACAACAGCAACAACAGCAACAACAGCAACAACAUCAACAUCAACAACAGCAACAGCAACAGCAACAGCAACAGCAACAGCAACAGCAACAACAACAGCAACAGCAACAAACUCAACAGUUAUACAAUCAGAUCGGUCAACAAAUGGGCUUAUAUGACUCUUUUAAUCCGAUUCUUUGGAACGAUAUGAGUGCUAUGACAGGGUCCAAUAUUUGCUUCUUGACAGACUCACAAUUCAUGAGCCGAACUUCGAGUCUGGAUCCAAGCAGCGCUAGCAAUAACAACAACGCCACCACAGGCGCCGACAACAAUAACAAUAAUAGCAACAGUAAUACCGGUAACAACGCUCUUGGUAUUAAUAAUAAUACGAACAAUAGUACAAUGUCGCCUGCUACGUCCAUCGCCACGACCCAUAUCAGUAAUUACACCAAUAACAGCAAUAACAACAAUAACAACAACAACAACAAUACCACCAAUCCCUCUCAUCAGCAUCUGUUCAAUGCCUACUUGAAUAAUCCCAUGUAUAAUAUGACCUCAAGCGGCGUUGGUGUUACGGCUAAUUCUACUCCUACUACUACAACCACUUCUAUUGCGACUGCUACUAUUAAUAACAACAACAACUUACAUCAGUCUCACCAGCCACUAAAUGAAAUUGAUACAUCUGGUCUCUUUUUACCUCUCAAGCUCGAGCCUCCAGAUAGCACUCUAGGUUCUAUGGGAUUGACCAACAACAGCAGCAACAAUAAUAAUAAUAACAAUGGGGAAUUGGGGCCAAUGGAUGAGGAGCUUAGUUCAGAUCAGGUACAAGCUCUUCUAGAACAAACUUUAGCAGCAGCAGCAGCUCAAAAUGCUCGGAUGCAUCAAUCAUUUGGAACUCUAGGUGGCAUAGGUGGUGGUGGCAACGGUAUUGGGGGUAUAGGCGUAGGUAUGUGUGGUGGUAAUGGUGGUGCAGGUAACCAGUUUAACCAACAACAGUUCCGACAGCAGCAACAACAACAACAACAACAAGCAGCACAGAAUCACUGCUUGGAUCUAAGUGGAGUCCAAGAUGAUUUCCACUCUACCAACUGGCCUGGCAUGAUGUAA